CCGUCAUUUGAUAAAAACUGGAAGAAUAAUGAAUUGAGUUGAGUUGAGAUUGUUAAUGCCAUGUGAACGAUUCUGAACCAUAACAUUUUCAUUGUUUAGUGUUCAUUUAUUCUCAACAGGGAUUCUAGAAUAAAAUGUUACAGUUAGACAAUAAUUCUACACCUCCAAAAUGGAAGCGUCCCGAAGAUGUCAUGAAAAUGCAUCGAAUUCGUAUGAAAAAACGAGCUUUACAGUCUCGCUUUUCAAAAUCGAUGGAUGCAACUUCUACCGUUGCAUUUACAGAUCAAACUGGCCAGCGAUCACCAGCCAAAAAUCCAUUCAGACGCAAGACACCAGUCAAAAAUAAUUCAGAAAAUUCUAGAAUUACGUUGAAAAGAUCCCAUUUUGAGUGUGAAGAUGACAAUGCUUGUUCUUCGAAUCUUUCUAAGAUUCUACGGGAAUGUGAAUCUAUUCCAACUACUUCCAAUUGUUCACAAUUUCAAACUUUAGAUGAAAGUGUAAUAUCUUUUGCAGAUGUAUUGCGUCAAACAACUAAACCAGUAGCUGUUAUUGAUGAUAUUAUAGAAGAAAUUACUGGAGAGCCUUAUUUACCAAUUGAUUGGACUUUGCGUACUAAAGUACGUUUUCUUUCUCCAAAUUCUUUUCCUUGGAGUCAAAAAAUUAAAACUUGUGAAGAAGCAUCAGCUACAACAGGAUUUGUAAGAUGCUUAGAUACAGAACAUAGUGAAAAUACUCUUGAUACUAGUCCAAACAGUCGUUUCCAUCAAUGUUGUAUGGCAUGGCAACACCCUUCAUUACCUUGGGUAGAUCUUAUCCAUAGAGGUCCUCGUACAGCCAUAAGAGAUUCUUCAAAUAAUUUUCCAUCAGUAAAUGCUAAUCCCAUAUUUAGAGAAUCUCUAUUUAAUCAUUGGAUUGACAGUUUUAGAUCAUUAUUUCAAUUAGUUAGAGCUAACCAGUGUCCCUUUUUCUAUGUUCUCGCUAAUGCUUUUACCUGUACUUUUCGAGCUUCUAGUAUUGGUGGAUUUGAAGAACUAAAUGCAUUAGUAUAUCCUACUACUCAAGGUCUCAGAGAUGUCUUAAGACGUGAAGACAUUGAAUUUACCAUGCCAUUAUUGGAAGAAGAUGAACAUGGUAAUGAACUUUAUAUUGGAAAGACUUCUGAAAUUAUUAAAUGUGGUGAUGAUGAAGAACCUGAAAGAUGGUUAGAAACAAUGGGAGCUGAAAAAUCUGAAAUAAAACGUUUACAAAGUUCUCAAAAUGAACUGGUUUCUGGACGUCAAAGAAAAAUUGAUCAAACUAAAGAAUCCUUAGUUUGUGUAACUGGUGUCGAGGCUCAAGCACUUUUUAAUUGGUUAAUUAAUUGUCGUUCUUCAAUCUCAAAUACAGGACCGCAUGCAGGUAUUCCACCAACACUUUUAGCUCCUGUCGCUUUUACUGGAGCGACAUUAACACCACUUAAAGUAAGACAAAGUACAGUUAAGGUUGAUGGUCAAAGCUAUAAUUCAAUAGAAGUAAAAGGACCUGUAAUGCCUGAUGCAGUACAUAAUUUUUGCAAUUUAUUAUCAAACUCAUUAAAAACAUUUACUGCUACAUUUGCUAAUUUAGAAAGCACAAAACCAUUUACUUUAGUUUCACAGUCAAGGAAAGAACUUACCACCAGUCAAAAAGUUGAAGAUAAUGCAAUUCAUUUAUUUGGUCAACAAAAUUUAAGUGAUUGUGGUCUUCGAGAAUCUGUACUAAAAAAAUUUUGUUCAGCUAAUACCAAAGCUUUUGAUAGCGUUAAGUAUACGAAAGAUGAUGGUUAUUUUAUUUCGUGAACUUUAAUUUUUAAUUUAUAAAAAUGACUUCAUGUACAUAUUUUAUGUGUAUAGCAAAAUUAUAAAUUUUACUAUCUUUUU